CCGUAGAGCAACAGCGCCAUUCUGCAAAACGCAUAUAUUUUCCAAAAUGGCAGGAGCCGAUGGAGAUGACUCUCUCUACCCCAUCGCCGUGCUCAUUGAUGAGCUGCGAAAUGAGGACGUCCAGUUGAGAUUGAACAGCAUCAAAAAGCUGUCCACCAUUGCCCUGGCUCUGGGAGUGGAGAGGACCCGCACUGAACUCCUUCCUUUUCUCACAGAUACCAUUUAUGAUGAAGACGAGGUGCUCCUGGCCCUUGCCGAACAGCUUGGAAACUUCACUAUGUUGGUGGGAGGGCCAGAAUUUGUCCACUGUCUUCUGCCACCCCUGGAGAGCCUUGCCACAGUGGAGGAGACUGUGGUAAGAGAUAAGGCAGUUGAGUCCCUGCGCAAGAUCUCUCAGGAACACUCUCCAGUUGACCUGGAGGUCCACUUUGAGCCCUUGGUAAAACGGCUGGCAAGUGGUGACUGGUUCACCUCUCGCACAUCUGCCUGUGGUCUCUUCAGUGUUUGCUAUCCUCGUGUCUCCAGCACCGUCAAGGCUGAGAUCCGCCAGCAUUUCCGUACCCUGUGUUCAGAUGAUACUCCAAUGGUCCGUCGUGCUGCAGCAUCUAAACUUGGAGAAUUUGCCAAAGUCCUGGAGCUGGAUUAUGUCAAGAGUGACAUUAUCUCCCUCUUCACUGCUCUGGCCUCUGAUGAGCAGGACUCUGUGCGGCUCUUGGCAGUCGAGGCCUGUGUGAGCAUUGCCACUCUGCUGCCUCAGGAGGACCUAGAGACUCUGGUGAUGCCUACCCUUCGCCAGGCUGCGGAGGAUAAGUCAUGGAGAGUUCGCUACAUGGUUGCUGACAAAUUCUCUGAGCUCCAGAAAGCAGUUGGGCCAGAAAUCACUAAGAAUGACCUGGUCCCAGCCUUCCAAAAUCUUCUCAAGGACUGUGAAGCUGAAGUCAGAGCUGCUGCAGCAAACAAGGUCAAAGAGUUCUGUGAGAACCUACCGGAGGACAGUCGUGAGCAGAUCAUCAUGACUCACAUUCUGCCUUGUGUCAAGGAAUUGGUGUCGGACACCAACCAGCAUGUGAAGUCAGCUUUGGCCUCAGUCAUCAUGGGCCUCUCCACCAUCCUGGGCAAAGACAACACUGUAGAGCACUUGCUGCCUCUCUUCCUUGCUCAGCUCAAGGAUGAGUGCCCUGAGGUACGUCUGAACAUCAUCUCCAACCUUGACUGUGUGAAUGAGGUGAUUGGCAUCCGUCAGCUGUCCCAGUCACUGCUACCAGCCAUUGUGGAGCUUGCGGAGGAUGCCAAAUGGAGGGUUCGCUUGGCUAUUAUCGAGUACAUGCCCUUAUUGGCAGGACAGCUGGGAGUGGAGUUCUUUGAUGAGAAGCUUAACACACUUUGUAUGGCCUGGCUCAUUGACCAUGUCUAUGCCAUCCGUGAGGCAGCCACCUGCAACCUGAUGAAGCUGGUGGAGAAGUUUGGAGCUGAAUGGGCUCAGAACACCAUUGUGCCCAAGGUGCUAGGAAUGGCCAAUGACCCCAACUACCUUCACAGGAUGACCACUCUCUUCUGUAUCAAUGCGCUGUCAGAGGCAUGCGGUCAGGAGAUCACCACCAAACAGAUGUUACCUGUGGUUCUUAAAAUGUCCAAUGACCAGGUGGCCAAUGUCCGCUUCAACGUGGCCAAGUCUCUUCAGAAAAUAGGACCCGUCCUUGACAACAAUGCCCUUCAGACAGAAGUGAAGCCAGUGCUGGAAAAGCUGGCCAAUGACACAGACAUGGAUGUCAAGUACUUUGCCCAGGAGGCUAUCAGCGUUCUUGCCCUGGCAUAACCCACCUACCACAGCUAAACCAGACAACCACCCAAGAAAACAACUUUUCACAAGAUAUUUAUUGAUGUUCAGGAACAACUGGUUAAUGUAUAAUUAAGAGAAUUAAACUGUUAACAAUUGUUUUGUCCUUUUUUUCUUUUUUACUGUCCUAUGGUAGACCAUGUUCAAGCAUAGCACAGACUUCCAUUAACAUUUUUUCUUUGCUGUAAAUGAGUGCUUUAACAGAGCGAAUUGUGAUAACUUGCAUUAAGUGGUGCAUGCUGACUAAUGUGCUACUGUAUUAGCUAGAUGUCUCUAAUCAGAACCCCUCACAUUCCUCCCUUUUACAUCCUUAGCUACUAUUGAACUUAAGCCACAGCAAUUGCAGCAUACCAUUAUUCUGUUUGCCAACAAGCACCUGGGGCAAUGCUAGUUGUUUCUGCUGCUGUACCAGUUCUCCAAGUGCACAACACAUUCUUGUUGUGGCAGGUAAUGGAAGAUGCUGUUUUAUUUCACAGAGCAAAGUCCCUAAACAGCAGCAGUGAUGGACAUCUUUUCCCCAGACACACUUGUGUGGCUCUCAGGAAAUGCUUGAAACACCUGCUCAGUCAGUUGGUUUUAGGAAUUUGUCUGCCAUCAAGCUCAAACUGUCUUGAAAUGAUCUUGCAAGAUUGUGCAAAAUUACGGUUAGAAAAAGGUAUUGAGGUAGCUAUUACUGCAUGUUAACAGGUGAACUCUGAAAGGUUGCAGGCAUGUCAUGAAUCGGUCAAGGAUCGUGUCUUUCUGCCAAUCCCUCAAACCCAACUAAUACAGCUGCAGAAACGGCAAGAUUAAAUUGGUCAGUCAACUGAAUGUGCUCGGCCCAGUUUUCAGGACCAAGUAAUAGGGACCAGUUCGAUCAUUGAGUGUUGCUCAUAACUGUCCCCUCUCCAACCUCAGCCUUUUAGGUAUGUUCAAGAGUUGGAAAAGAAAACGCAAAGCGCUUAUUUUCUGCAUUAUGUUCUGGAUGUUGCUUUUUAAUCUUUGUGCAAAUUUGACAAGAAAUGGUUUGGGUAAAGAGUUGUCUGUCAUGUUCUGUAGUGGGGCAGUUUUGCUGUGUGCUUUCCUGCCAAGGACACAUUAUUCCUUGGACACCAAAGGAACGAUGAAACAACUGACCACAGCUAUCGGGGCUGUGAGAAUAAGGGAGAAAAUAACGGCUCUCUUGUCCCAUUCCCACCCAGUUUUCCCUGAAAGUGUAUGUGCCUGUUCAUCCUGUACUCUACAUGAGAUUUAAAAGCUCAAGACUGGUGAAAAGCGCUUUGCUUUUAAGUCUGUAAUGGAGAACAAGUUCAUGCCGUCGGAGAAAGUGGGACUGAGAUGUGGAGCAUGUGUAUAUGGAAAGGCCUCGUGAUGUUUUAAUUUGGGGUGGGAGCUGGGGUGGUUGUGGGCAGGUUGAAUAAAUGUAUUGUCUGUUUGGGAAAGCUUUUUCCCUGAACUACUUCCACUGUUUUCCCCAUCCGUUUGUUCUCAAAUAAAUGUUCACUGUUGAUUGUC